AUGGAAGCAAAUCCGCCAUCCUAUGGGCAAGCCACCACGGUGAAAGCGUGGGAUCUCAUCGCCGUCUACAUCCCAUCCUCAGACCUCUGCUCUGCCGCUCUAGUAUGUCAGCAAUGGCACACAACCUUCGCACCACACUUGUGGGGCAAUCCUGCCUCUCAUUUUGGAGAUGAGAAUGAUAGAGUAUACGUCGCUCUCACCCGGUUUAUCAGGACUCUACCUUGGGCCAGACGUACUGUUCGAUCUCUGACACAUACACUACACCUCCCUCCAGCGCAUGCUGAAAUCUAUAAUGGUCCACAUGCAGAUUGGCUGAGGGAGGUUCUUGAAGGUCUUCCGAACUUGCAGUCACUGAUUGUUCGCGGCUUGCCAUUCUUCGACCAUGCUACUCUAAACGCACUGAGAUAUACGCGAGCAUCUGACAACAGGAACCAGCUGGUACCUGCUCAGACGCUGUUUGGCCUACGUCUACUGGACGCGUCAAGGUGCAGCAAUGUGACUGCAAUUGGGUUACAACAAGCUCUGAGACGCUUCGAUUCCCUGUUGUACCUCGACCUGUCUUGGACUCAUCCUGCCAGAAGUCCCGAAGUCCUCAGGACUCUAAGUCAGUUCCGCGGUUUGCAAGUCUUGAAGCUCCGAGGCAUAUCCCUGAAAGACGACGACGUACACACAUUGGCGAACGCAAUCAAGACUCGGGUCAGGGGCUUGGAUUUGCGCAACAAUCAACUAACAGAUCGGAGCGUUCGUAUGCUUCUCCAAGAGUGUUUCACAUCGUCACGGCGAAGGGACAACGAUGGACAAUUCAUGUCCCCCUCACUAUUACCUUACCUUGGUGCUGAAAUGCUAGCAAUCUACAGAGGAGCCAACUUCGAAGCUUUCUUGAGGAACGAGUUCACUGACAAAUUUGUUGGACGUCUGGCCAUUGAAGAUGCUCCAGAGAGUGGCAUCACCCAUCUUUACAUGUCUGACAACCUACUUACCGUUGAAGGUCUCUCUGGACUGGUCAGAUCUGGAAGAUUACACGUUCUUGAUGCGGGUAGUAUCUUACCAUCGAUGUCUACCCAAGAUGGCACAUCCGACAUGAUCUUUCCCAGUCUAGCAAAGCUCGCUCCAGUAUUUGCCGAGUCAGCCAGCCAUAGUUUGACACACCUAAGGAUUGAUCAUAGUCUGGUGACUCGAACACCGCCGGCCAUACAGGAUUCCUCUAACAUAGAGACAACACCAAGACACUGCGAGCUCGCGGAUACGUCUAAUUACCCCGUAGGAGUCGCUGAAGUAGAUCGUGACACUGAAGUGUAUGAGAUGAUGGGCGACACAUCUUUCGCCGUCGAAGUUCCAGGAGAUACCAUCCCUAUCAUAGUGACGUCUACAUCUGACGGCAAGUCUAAUGGUCAGCUAGGAGUACCACGAAGGAGAAGUCAAGACCUCCCGAUACCUUUACAGACCGAGGACACAACGGAGGACGGUCUGCACGUCACAGGGAUGGAGGAAGAGGAUGAUCGGUCCACAUCAUUGGCCAGCAGAACACUGACACUAAGUCCGAGCGCUUAUUCCCGCAGCCGAGGCCGUAGCUACUCCUCUGUGGUUGCUGAGCGCAAAGGUCGUGUACAAACACAUUUGACACAAGCAAAAGGCUUCCAUCCAGGCACCUUACCACAUCUGACAACACUGGUCCUGACUGAGGUCCCGUCAUUCUCGUCGACGCUAGACACGCCUACUCGAUUGAUAUCUUUAGUUCGUGCGUGCGCCGAAGAGACAUCACUAGCAAAACUACAAGCGCGCCUAGAUUGGGCACUACCACCAGGUCGGCGAGCCAGUCAUUCACACCAAAGAGAGGUCGCCCGUAGAUCCUUCGCUCUCGAGCAGAUCGUCCUCGAAGUCGCACCACAAAGUAUAGACCAAAGGAAGAGUGAAGCUGCCAGUACCUGGAGACAUCGCGGCACCAAAUCCGUGACUCAAGAUCAGGAUAGUGAAGCUUUGUGGGCAGCUUCACAGACAGACUUUUCUUUCUUUGGCGAGGGCGAGACUAACAGUCUUGAUACUAUGCUUGAGCCUGCUCGGCUACCUAUGACCAUCAUGUCUGGCAUGGAGGUCUCUGUCGAUCAUGAUCCAUCGCCACAGUAUCAACGCUCUCAGUACCAGCCUAUCAAAGAGGUCUCUACACCACAAGUCGAUGUCAUCUCUGAGAUGUCGAAGUUCAGGAGGUCGACCAAGGCAGCCUAUCAUGCUCGGAAAGCUGCUGGAGAGGAAGACCCAGAAAUUGAUGGAUUCUGGGAGGGCAAUAUCAAGGUUGUUAGACGACCCCAUGAUGUCGAUCCAAGACAUGAAGAUGAUGAGGUUUGGGCUGAUUACUAUGGUAAUCGCUUUUCAAAUGGCUAUCUGUAUCGAUGA